GCCAGCCAGCCAGUGAAGGGUGUGUGCCUAUUUACAGCUUGGUAAAGCAACUCCUUGCAGGUUACUCCUCGUCAAAAUUGAAAAUCCCCCAUAGCUAGAGACAGGAAAGAGAGUUAAAUAUAACAGAGAAGCAAGAGAUCGAUAAAGCAUUUCAGCUGAGCCUGCUUAACAAGCAACGUUUGCUUCUGGCUUAGUAAGAGAACCAUUUCACCUACGCUUCACCUCAUAUUUUCCAUUCGAAAAGCCUUUGAUGGGUUCCCCUUCAGAAUCCGUAGCGGAGAAAAACCAGGGAAAGCCCCGGGGAAUUGUACUGAUUGAGAAAUUAAAGAAAACCUCAGUUUCUUUCAACACCUAUCAAGCCGUUGUCCUAAUUGUAACAUUCUUUGCUUACGCAUCAUUCCAUGCUACUCGGAAAACUACCAGCAUUGUCAAGAGCGCACUUGAUCCUGAAUCAGGAGCUAAAAGCACCAAAUUGUUGCUUCAGCUUGGAAAUGGUUGGCCACCAUUCAAUGGUCCAGAUGGCACAUCAUUGCUUGGUGAACUUGAUGUUGCCUUUCUUUUUGUUUAUGCCAUAGGAAUGUAUUUCUCUGGCCACAUGGGUGAUAGAAUGGAUCUUAGACUAUUCCUAACUGCAGGAAUGGUUGGAACUGGUGUAUUCACAGCCCUUUUUGGGGUUGGGUAUUGGGGGAAUGUCCACAUCUUUUACUACUUUUUGAUAGUUCAGAUGAUGGCAGGAUUGUUCCAAUCUACUGGAUGGCCAUCAGUGGUGGCAGUUGUUGGGAAUUGGUUUGGGAAGAAGAAGAGAGGGCUUAUAAUGGGCAUUUGGAAUGCUCACACUUCUGUGGGUAACAUUACAGGGUCCUUGGUUGCUUCGGCUUUAUUAAAGUAUGGAUGGGGAUGGUCAACUGCUGUUCCUGGUCUGGGAAUUGCCUUCAUUGGCUUGAUGGUAUUCCUUUUCUUACCUGUUAGUCCGGAGUCUGUUGGGGCCAACAAUGAUGAAGAAGAUGAAGAAUGCUCUCCCAAAAAAGAUGGCGAGGAAAUAUCAGAACCUCUUCUCAGAUCAGAGAAGGAAGAGGUGGAGUCUGCAGUUGGGUUCAUCGAAGCAUGGAAAAUUCCUGGUGUUGCACCUUUUGCUCUUUGCCUAUUCUUCGCCAAGUUGGUGGCUUAUACGUUUCUGUAUUGGCUUCCUUUUUAUAUUAACCAUACAGCUAUAGAUGCAAGGUACUUGUCUGAUGAAGAGUCUGGAAACCUGUCGACAUUGUUUGAUGUUGGAGGGGUUGUUGGAGGAAUUCUAGCCGGUCAUAUUUCCGAUCAUUUAAAUGCUAGAGCUAUAACAGCUGCGAGCUUUAUGUACUGCGCUAUUCCUGCUCUGUUCUUUUACAGAAGUUAUGGAAACAUCUCGAUGACCAUGAAUAUCAUCCUCAUGUUGAUCACCGGCAUGUUUGUCAAUGGACCUUACGCUCUCAUCACAACUGCUGUAUCGGCUGACCUGGGAACACAUAGCUCAUUGAAAGGCAACGCCAGGGCUUUAGCAACUGUUACUGCAAUAAUAGAUGGCACUGGUUCAAUUGGAGCUGCCAUCGGUCCACUGCUAACAGGGUACAUUUCAGCUAAGAGCUGGAAUGCAGUUUUCACAAUGCUCAUGGCAGCUGCUCUAGUUGCGGGUUUGCUUCUUACUAGGCUUGUUGUGUCAGAGGUGGCUACCAAGAUUCAAGAGUCGAGGUCCUGUCCAGGGCCGCCUCCUGUUGAAGUGUGAUUGUUCUUGGGGAGGUAACAUAUUUAAUGGUGCUUGUGUAUAUUCUUGCUUUAGCUCUAAUCCUCGGAUGAUACACAUGAAGAGGUGAAGAAUCUUCUGGUGUUAAAAACCAAGACAGGAGAGGGUGUUUUAUGUCCUCCUUCCAGGUUGAAACAACUUACUAAUCGGUUCUCAGAAAUUUUGCAAACCAGGCGAAUAUGCGACAGUAUCUAAAUUGUGUGUCCUCGGAAGGUUCUCAAAAAUUGU